UCGUGUCUACCUAUCUGUCACGAAUCAAGUUCUCUUUCUGUCUUGUUUUUUUUUUUUAUUAUUAUUGUUUUCUUAAAAUCGAACUAGCAAAAAUGUGUUUUUGAACAGAUAUUUGAUAGUGAGGAACACUCCUGCUUUGGGAUGCGGUGAUGAUUUGUUCAAACUCUUUGCCUCUUAUGGAAACGUUGAAGAAAAAGAAGGAAAAAAACUGUUUGAAGGUGUAAACCAAUGGAUGCAGACGAUUGUGAGCAAUUUACUGAUGUUUACUGGAUCAAAUUCCGCCUGAUCAGCAAUGUCAGCUGGAAGAACCAAGGGUCCCAAAGUUCAUAACCUGGGCACUUCGAGCCAGGCUUCACUGCUUACAUCACUGAUUGACCACGUUUCUCUGCACCUCAAAUCUAAUCAAUCUUGGGACUCUGGAGAAUCACAAAAUGUUCAUCAGAUAGGUGAUCCUCCUGUUACAAGGGUGUCCUCUGGCCAGGAUUAUUUUCCAGCCCAGUCAAUGAAUCAGACUGUUAGAUUGGCCAGGGAGAAGUUCAAUAAGAUCCAACCAAGUAGCUACUUGAUCAUCUACAAGCCGGGCCUUCCCUUGCUUUGAAGUCUGCAUUAUAAUGUGUUUUAUGUGCUUAAAAAGUUAGAGACUGCAUUAUGAUCUUGGAGGAUACAAGGAUGAGUACUUGCUUAUUUUAUUUACACCCAGUGAGAGAAUCUGGUGAAGGGGAGACAGUUUCCAGGUAAGAAAAGAGUCUGGGAACCAUCUUACAUAAAACAACGACGUCGCAGGAUUCCAUUGCAACAUUUGCACUUCAUAAAAUAUAAACAUUUUGGACCAUCUUGUCUUCUUGG